AUGUCUUCAUUGAAAAUAAACGAAUGUUCGAUAUGUGAAAAUGAAUUAAAUGAAACAGAUGAUUUGGUAACAACAAAUUGUAAUCAUAAAUUUCAUUGUCGUUGUGCUCAAGAUCGUCUCGAUAAAAAAAAUCGAACUGAUUGCCAUUUCUGUCAUCAAGAUUCAGCUCUUGGCAAUGCACUUGCUUUAAAAAACUUAGCAAAAAAAGGAGAAUGUUCAAUAUGUGAAAGUGAAUGGAAUUGGAAACAUGAUAUUGUAAUCACGAACUGUAAUCAUACAUUUCAUCGUCGCUGUGCUCAAGAUCGUUUCGAUAGAAGGGGUAGAACUGAUUGUCAUUUCUGUCAUCAAGAUUCAGAUCUGAAAAUAAUAUUAUCUCAAAAUACAACAACAACUAUUAACGAACCUACUGAACAAAAUUCAAAUCGAAUAAAUCCAGAUAAAAAUGUUCUUUCAACAGCAAGAACUGAAAAUACAAUUGAGAAAAAGGAAAAUAAUUGGCAAUGCGAUGAAUGUUCGGGUACCAAUGAACCAUCAACAAAACGGUGUAUAUGUUGUGGAACACCACGAUUCGUUCUGCCUUCAAUACCGGCUGUACUUUCACAGCGACAAGAUGAUGCAACAACAAAAGAAUACAAUCAAGUAACGUCUUCGAAUAGACGUCCAAAAAAUGAUAAAAAUAAACCAUUAGAUUUGAGAAUUCAAGGUAAAAAUCCUGAUAAAAAUAUGCGUUUUUUAGCUAAUGUUUUUAUCUGUUUAUCUAUAUUUAUCAUAUUUAUAUCAUUUUAUUGCACAUUUCGCAGUAAUUUUGUUGCGAGUAUUUCUAAAGAUUUUAAGAAAGAUAUAUCAUAG